GAUCACUCUUCUGUGAUUGCUUUGGGUCUAUCAGUGAUCAGGUUUUAUGUUUUAAGAUAUCAGUGAUGAGUUUUUGAAUAUUUUUCUUAUUGAUUAGGUGAUUUACAAGCUGUAAAUAAUAAUGACCGAUCUAUCUUAUAAUACCGACAACAUAUUAAGUAAUUUCCCUUCCUGUCUGCGAAAGCACAUCGAGGAACUAUGUUUAGGAAGUAAAAUAGGUUUAUCAAGUGUAACCCUCAAUGAUAUAUCUGUUUCUAAAAUGAGGUUAAUUGAUGAAGACAUUCUGAAUAAUUUCCAUUUUAUAAUGAAAAUUCCAUUCGCAGGAAAGCGUUUGAAAUGGGAAAUUAUUUUUGAUCCUGAAGAUUUGAGCUUUCCACCAGAUUUUGAUUUUAAUGAUGAUCAAUUUCUAGCAUUUCCUGAUUAUGAUACCAUUAAGAAUAAUGUCACACAUUUGGAUAACUGGGAUCUCAAGAAUCCUCAAGCUUUAUCAUUAGUCUUGAACCAAUUUUUAGCUCUUUAUAAAAAAUAUCAGUUGGAAAAAUUUCGAAUGGAAAAUAUUUAUUCUAAGUUGUGGGAUGAAUAUGAGAUGAUAACAACAAAAGAAAAUGGAAUAGAUCCACAAAAUAUUGAAGUUAGUAUAGAUGGCAAUAAUACUGUGUUUUUCAUUUCCCUUGCAGUUGAUUGCAGUUCUUUACCAGAAUAUAUACAACCUUUGGAUAAAUGUUUUGGUUCUUUUUAUAAUCCUGGUGAAGAUUAUGCACAUCUAACCUUGAAUAUUGGAAGGCUUGAUAGAAAUCGUUCAUGGGCCUCAUUACAACUGUCACCAAGGGUUCAACAGAUUUUGGAGCAUUCCAAAAAUCUUCAUAUACCAGAGUUGAAGAAAGGCACAACACUUUUUGAAUAUGUUUCUGCAGUGUCCAAAUUAUUAGAAGAUCGUAUUAAAGCAGUUGCGAAUCAUUAUAAAAUGAAAAAGGUGUACAUUACCUCCAUAGCUGCAAUCUGCAGUUGCAGUAUUGUUGAAUACGACUCUGAAACUUUCUCAAAGGCUGUUUUCAUAUUUGAUGUUGAUGAUUAUAACUGUUUAGUCACUGUCACCUUAGGUCCAAAUUUUCCAGCAGAGAAACCUUCUGUGCUGUUGUCAUCUUAUUAUUGCCAAGAAGGAAAAAUGUGUAAUGAAAUACUUGAUAAAUAUCCUUAUAAUGGAACUUUGAGACCUGAAAACAAUAUUGAAAAUUUGUUAGAAUAUUUACAUGCUGCUGUCAAAAAAUUCAAAUGCCACAAGCACUGACAGAGAAAUAUGAAAGAUUCCUUGAUUAAUUUUCAUUAAGAUUACAGUGUCAGUUUUUAACCAUUUCUAUUACUAUAAGAUAGGUAAAUAUUUUAAUUUGUAUUCAAGAAAAUCUAUUAUGAAGUGUAAACUUUAAUAUAUUAUAUUUUCUGCAUAUUAUCCUGUAAAUAUUCUUCAAAAGAUAAAUUGCUUCUCUUUAAA